AUGCCAAUAAGAAUCUCCAAUACUGAUGUUGAUAGACCUGAAGGGUUCAAUUCUGCUGCUGUAAAAUCCAAUGGUUUGGUGUUCACUUCAGGAAAUGUUGGACUCAAUUAUGAAACUGGAGAAUACUCCGAGUCAGUCGAAGAACAAGCUCAUCAAGCUUUCAAGAAUGUGAAAAAGACCCUUGAAACUUCAGGUGCUGGAUUGGAUACUGUCCUUAAAGUGUUGCUUUUUAUUAGUGACGGCAAUGAUGGCCCAAAAAUCAACGAAAUCUACAAAACCUAUUUCAGCGAAAAACCUGCUAGAUCAUGUGUCAUUGUUCAAUUCCCAAAUCCGAAGAUCAAAUUAGAGUUAGAGUGCGUAGCUGAAUGCAAAUAG